AUGGCCCAAGGUCGAUCAGAUCAACAAACAACCGGCGAUGGCGGCGGCGCCGGCGGAGGACCAUCGCAGGCGACGAGGGGCACAGAGCCGGGCACAAGGUCACAGACGCAGACGCAAGCACAGACACAGUCACCUAUCCUACGGCUGCGCGGCGCGCAGAGAAACAGGGGGCCCCGGGUGCAGUGGGCGGAGAGCGUGGUGGACAACGAGGGGAUGGGCAAGAAGUCGUCCAAAGUCUGCUGCAUUUACCACGCACCCAAGGCGGUGGACGAGUCCAGCGACGAGUCGUCCUCCGACUCCAGCUCAUCAUCGUCCGACGAAGACUCCGACUCGGGCGAGGGGUCUUCGCGCCGGGCGAACGGCGAUCAGGCGGGCAAGGGCUGCGGGCACAAGCACGACCACGGGCGCCGCCGGCGGAGAGACGGCGACGGGCAUGGUAAGAGGAAGCCCAGCCCAAAUGCGUACGAGAAGGUGCCCAAGACGAAACCUAGGGAUGGGGCUGGUGGCUCGGGGCCUGUUGGGACAGGCUGA